AUGUUAUGUGAGUCCAAUAAAGAAGUACAUUCGAUAUGCUGUAUUAUUCUAAUGCGCUACAACGACUCAAUAAAAGUUAGCUUUUUUAUAAGCUUGGUAUAUACACCACAAUCGAAUAAAAUUCAAACCCCACGAUCCAGAGCGGAUCAUAUAAUUGCAAAUGAACCUGUAUAUACUCCAGCUUCCCAAAUUAUCCGCUUAUCUGAAAAAAAAUCAAGCUGUACAUACUUAAAAGCUAAUGAAACCUCGAAUGGUUGUGCGACGGGACGUGUUAGUUUAUAUGCCGAAGUCGUCCAAGAUAUUAAAAAGAAACUAGAAUAA